UUACAGAUGCAGGUCCCUCGAUGCAUCGGCUUUGCUCAGGUUUGCUUUGAACGUCACGUGCGGACAGCCGUGGCUUAUGAGCAUAGUCCGAGCCCCGUUCAAUGCUCUCGCACAAAGACAUCGUGCCUUCCAUCGUCAAUUUCCACCCUUUCUCCCUCCCAUCUGCAUACUUCAGUACCGUCCUACAACAUGUAUCUUUACUUGAAGGUACGCAGCUAUGCCUUUCCGUCGAUCCAGCAAGAUGCGUCGACUUUUCCGUUGUUGGAAAUCAGCAGAAAUCGAACAAGCUCAACUUGUCCCCGUUGAUGCAACUGCUCUCACUUCGCAUCAUCUCUGCCAACAUUGCGAAGAAUGUGUGCGCUCCUGCUUCACCCAACAGCCCGGCUGGCUUAGUGAUUAUGGAUAUCUCUCCAAUAAUACGAGGAUCGAGGACAAUGGAAGAGUUCCGACCUAGACUCACUCUACUCAUAGAAGCUUUGCCACAGCCGUCAGGGAGGGAUGUUUUGUUUGCAACACGCUGCUACAGAAUAAACCGGGUAGUAUGGUUUCCGCCAUCAAUGAAGCGAGCUGGGACGCGACAGCUUGACCACAUUCAGCCGGGAUUAUCUCGAAUGCGGCGAAUAUGACGAAAGAUGGUUGAGGUGCCGCCUCACCUUCUCGAUCCGAGAUGAGGCAAACAGACUGAGAGUGGAGCGUGUUGUCAUAAUGCAGGGCGACCCUGAAGAUGAUAAGGGUAGGUCAUGUGUUGAGACGUCCUUCAACCACCUCCGGGAACAGC